UAUGUAAAUAUUUUUUGGCAAGCUUCUCAGAAAUAUAGGAAUCAAUUUACCUUGCAUAAACCAGUAUGAUAUGAAUUUUCGGCAUGAAAAUGAGUGACAACCAUGAUGAAUCCUUCAGUGUUUUCACCAAAGUUCAACUCAGUGGAAUACUGUUCAAGAAAUCUUUUGCACCACAUUCAAAUAAAUGGUCAAAAAGGUUUUUCAUUGUCAAGGAAGGUUUCCUUCUGUACUACUCAGAAAGUGAGAAGAAAGUUUUUGAUAAGAAAGGUUGUUUCAACAUUCAUCCAAAAGGUGUCAUUCCAGUUGGAGGAUGCAUUAUUCAAGCAUCUACUGAAUUAGGCCAGGAUUAUGUCAUAAGAAUCACAAGUGACAGCUUUGUACAUGGGUCAGUGGCUCUGGGAACAGAGACACGAUAUGACCAAGAUCGAUGGAUACAAGUUCUUCAAGAAGCAGCAAGAAUAACGUGGGAAAACUCUCGUAUGGGAGAAUCCAUCAUCCGUGAUUUAGAAUCUCAAGGAUUGCAACUUAACAAGGAAAAGCAGUCGUAUGUUGAAUGCAGUAAUGUGAAACUGAACUUGCAAAUAUGUACAGAACAAUUACAUGAAGAAACCAUAGCAUUGCAAGAUGAGAUUGACAAAAAUGAGGAACUUGAAAAGUUAAAUAUAGCUUUGGAUGAAGAGAAACAACGUCUGGAGCAAGUGAUUAAAGAAUUUCAGAAGGAGCAUGAAAUUAUGAAAUUAGAAUAUGAAGAGACAAUUGCAGCCGUGAAGAUGGUGCAGCAAGACAAAGAGGCACUCCACAGUACAACACAGAGUCUUCUAAAUAAUUUAUCAGAACUUGAAGAAGAGAAGAAGAAAAUCCUCCAGAAUCUUCAUCAGACAGAGGAUCAAAACAGUCGAAUGUCACAUGCAACCCAGAAUUUGCAAGUUCAUUUACAAGGGAUUGAAGAAGAGCAGAGAUGCCUUUUGGAUGAAAAGCAGGAAAUAGAGGAGAGAUUUCAAGAGAAUGAACUGAGAGCCAAAGUUUUAGAGGAGGAAAAGCAAAUUAUUUCUCAAAAUUCUAACCAACUGCUGUCUUCUUUAAAUGAUUUACUUACACAGAAAGAUCUGCCAGAAGCUGAACUACGGCUAGAAGUUUCAGCACGUCUGGAUGCAGAGCGGCGUUUACGUCUUGCACAAGAUUCAGUGCACCACCUAGAGGGUGCACUACAGACUGACAUUAGUCCAUCUGCACUGCGCACAAAAAUACUUCCAGAUGUAAAGAAACUGCGGAAAUUCUUUGAACAUGUUGCUGAAGAAGCACGGUUAGAUGCCAAUAUGCCUGUAAUAAUGAAGAAUGCUGUUUAUGCCCGCAAGACAUUAGCCAAAAAGGCACGAACUCAGAUGCUGGAGCAGAGCAGGCAGGAAAAUGCCAAGACAUUGGGUAUCGAUCUUGAUGGUAUACCUACUUCUGAUGCACCUUUAAAGAGGUCUUUAUCAAUUAUGAUUUCUAAGAAAAGUUUAAAACCUCAUCUUACUCGGACCAAGUCAAGUAGAUCAUCAAACUGCAUAUCAGUCAGUGUUCAAAACAGUGAUUCUGAUGAGAAAUCACCAGAAAAGGAAAAUGGCCUGCCUUCCUGCUCUUGAAGAUGGAUUAGCGACUCUAGAAUAAAGGAGGAAGACAUUAUGCUAACUCCUUUCUUUGGCCUUGAUUUGAUUUCAUUCACCUCAGUGCUGUCUUCAGCAGGGUUUUGUUGCAUUUAUAUUCAAAACCUCAUCUAGCCACAUUCCAUUUAGAGAAAUGUUAGGUAACACAAUUUAACAGUACUUUGAGGGGAAGUGCAUUGGUAUAAACAGGCAACAUCAAAGUAAUAUAUUUGUUUAAAAGAAUUAAAAUACAGAUAAUGCCAGUGCACUGAAGAUGGAUAAGAUUGUUAAAUACAGACAAAUUCCAGUCUUUCACCUUGCAUUGUAAUGAAAGACAACACUGACUGAAUCUGUAUUAUUUAUGGCACCGGAAUACUAUAACACAUCACAACAGUUGUUUCCUUAAUAUAUUCUCUCUCAUUUAUCAAGAAAUUUUAAGCCAAAUUCCUCAAAGAUAAUCAAUGUAAUUAAAGUGGAACUUCAAAAAUGUCAGCACAAUAGAGUGUACUAUGGGAAUAUAAAGUUGACAUAAACACAUUCAGACCUGGAUGCAGAUUCUAUGAGUGAGUACAUGUAACCAUAAUUUUAAUACACCAUAAAAUAUCAAUAUUAAAGAGAUUUUUUAAUGUUUUAUGAACUGUUAUCUAGUGGAACCAUAUUCUGACAGCUGUCUACUCACUGUGAUAUAAAUUAUAAGAAGUUAUAAUCCCUGACUACAGGACUGAAUGCGUUACGAUGAUAAGCUUCAUACUGCAUAUUCUAGCACUUAACACCGUUGUUGUGAUCUCAGUAUGAAAAAAUGCCUUUUGAGGGGAGAAAUUAUGUCCUUGUUUGUACCAUGUUCAUGUUUUACAAGUCUGGAUAAUUAUAAAAAUGUCAAUUACAUGCACAGAAAUUUGUUUUGAAGACUGAACUCUUCAACUUCAAAACCUGUUUUCUCAAAUAUUGUUUCUGCCCUUGCCAGUUUUAUCAUACACAGAAUCUAUCUGUAACAUUUAAUUAUAUUUAAAACUGUGAUGUGUUUGGUAAUAGAUUGCAUUGCACUUUGAACUGUAACACUCAUAUAUUCUAGUACCUACUAGUAAUACCCUUGGUGGCAGAUUUCAUUUCUGCACAUGAAUCUCAUAUGUUUAGCAAAUAUUUUCAUAGCUCUUAUUUAGGUGCUAAAACUUGCAACAGAUGUUGCACAGUGUAUAUUGUUUCAAAUUGUUAUCCUAGGUAUAAAAUGAAUAUGCCAUAUGUGAGCAACUGACACAUUCCUAACGUUGAAUUCCAGUCACCCAACUGUAGAUGUAUAAGUUGUUAAUGUGAUAUGCCUUAGUCUGAAUAUCAGGUAACCUGUUUACUGUAAUCAGUAUCCCAAGACUGAAUGUAAUUUUGUAAAGAAAAAUAUUUAUCACAGUAAAAGUAUUUAUCAUUGUUAAUGACUGUUGUUCUGUGAUGUGAUAAUAUUUUUCUUACUAUCUUUUACAUUACCUGGUACUUCUGUAUUGAAACACACAGGUAUCUCAGAAAACAUAUGCAAUAUCCCCACCACCACCACCACCACAAAAAAAAAACACCACUAGACACCAACUGAUUUUCAAGUCACAGUAUUUCUCAGCAUGUAAUGCUUCACAUUCACAGAGGGGAAGAAAGAUAGAUAUUCAGAAUCUGUCCAUGAUUUACAUUUAAUUGUUUACAGAAUACUUCUUCUGCCGCCCAUCUGUUAUGCAACAAUCUUGUAUAUAUCAAUUAUCCUGCAAAUUCUCCAUUUGGUGCCUUUUGUCUGCCAACAAUACCAAAAAGACAGGCAAACAUGGGGUGGUAACAACACUAAUAACAUCAAUGUCAAGUCUUCAAAGUGAAUCACUAGGUGACUGAAAGCAAGUAAUGGUCUCUUAAACCAAAUAAUAGUAAAUUAGGAAUUAACAUGGAAAUUAUAAAAAAUGUGUUGGUAUGAUAACUAUAACUGAUAAUCAAACUGAAUUUCAUUUGUGGAAUUCAAAAGGCAGGAUUAACACACAUACUUGUAGAAUGAGGCCUUGUUCUUCAGAGUCUUGACCAAUGGCAAGCACAUGUAAAUAAAUUAGCUGUGACGUUUUCACAAAGCAAGGAACCAGCAUUGUAAAUUCCUGAACUACAUCUCUUUUUGACUGAUUUUUAAGUUUGUUCAGGGUGUAACUAUCUUUAUUUGCAACAUAGACACUUGUAAAUUAGUUGGUGUUGGUGGUAAUCACUGUCCAUGGAAGGCUGUCAGGUGUUCUUGUUGGCAGUGUGUAGCUGGACAUGUGCCAAAGCAUCACUACUACUGUGUCAAAUGUGCUCAUUAGUACUUAAAUAUGGCAUCAGCAGGUGAUAGGUGUUUAUAUUAUGGCUAUGCCUUAAGCUAGUGCUAAUCACAGAAUGUGAAUGUUUAAACCAUCAAUUGAAGUUUAUCAUGGUGUCUGCACUGACUAGCUGGCUGUGCAUCACAUUAGCAAACCAUUAAACCAUUAACCCCAAAGUUAAAAUCUGGCUGGCAGUCCCGUAGUAUGGGAGUUCAUAGUUCAUAUUCUCUAUUCACACAUGAUAAAGGUUAAACUGUAUUGACUAUACUGCAGUGUUUGAUUUUGACCAAAUUUGUUACAGUGAAUUCUCACUAAAACUUAGCCCUUGGUCUGUAGCAGUAAGUCCUUUCUUUCUUGCCUAAUUUAUACGUUCUACUCAAUAAUACUUGGAUUUGUUGACAAUAUGUACAGUUUAACAGAGAAAAUAUUAGUUGUUGGUUUAAUAAUAUUUUUAAGUUCUUCUACCAGUCUGUCACUUAGGGUCAUCACCUAAAGUUUGUUAUAUUUAUGCAAAUUUCCAGAACUGAAAAAUGAUUAAUUUUUAAUUUGGUUAUUUUAUGAAGCUAUAUCAACUCCUGGUUAUAUGCAGUCUCAAAUAAGAUACAGCUAGAUGUUUGUGAAUUUGGAGGGAUGUGGAAGAAGUGGUCAUGAUUAAGUUCUAUCCUACAGAGACUGAACAAAACAUUGAUCAGUAUAGCUAAAUUCUAUGAACAGAAGUUAUUUUCAUAUAACUUUUAAAUCAUAAAAUGUGAAAUAUAAAUAUAUUUCAGUUCAUGAAAUAGUAUUUACUUAACUGAUAUUUAAAGAAUGGCUUCAUAAGGAACUAAAUGGUACUGAUUUCAUAUUCCUAUUUCUGUGACUCCCAAAGAAUAAUAAGAUUAUAUAAAUCAUAAUUUUGUAUUUCAUAUUUACAUGUAUUUAUUUAUGAUUCUAAAUGUUCACAAAACAAUGCAGAUAACUUGCAUUUGUUCUGUGAUGUACACUGCUGUAUCCAAUAUCUGGAAUCUACACCAAAAUACAACUUCAGUGAAAUCCUAACCUCCAAAUUACAAUGAACAUAGGAAGUCAUAAAAUUGCAAAGUUUCUGAGUGAAUACACAGUCAAAAAAGUGAAUGGCAGCAGGCUGGAGAGCUAGGGUUUGAUUCUUGGAAGGGAGAGGGAAUUUUGGCAUAAUGUGUUGACACACUAGGAUGCAUGUGAACACAUAACAUUGUAUGUAUAUUUGGGCUGUUACAAAGGUGAUCACCUUAAGUGGGACUCGGAGUGAGUUAACAUAAUAAGUUUGACAUUUUUUAAUUUGUGUUACACACAAAACUCAAUCUGUUUGGCGUGACAGGAAUUUCAACAACCAGUCCCCUGCUUCUCUGGCAGCACUAUUACUUUCAUAUCAUGCCAAAUGAAGUUCAGGACAAACAAGCAAGUUAAAAAAUGAACUGUCCUCCUCACUCCUUUUUUGUUACUGUAUACAAUGAACCCUAAUUAAACUCCUGUAAUAUAAAAAUUUUAUAUAGAAAAACAAUGUACAUAAUUGAUGCACAUACACAUUAUUUUUGUAGUUACAUUUAUAGCUGAAACAGCACAAAGUCUUAUAAAUGCAAUACAGAAGAAUGUUUUAAGUUCCAUGUGUUCAGAACAUUUCUUGUAAGCUACAUUUCAAACAAAAUGUCCUACUCAAAUUUUAUUGUGAUUUUCAUGUGUGAUCUAUGUAUACUUACUUGGCUGUGGAACAUUCUGCUGGUAUUACCAGGUAUAAUCAUGUAUUUUACUGUUA